AUGCGCUUCAACUCUCACCUUCGACAGAGCUUCAACCACGUUCUGGGGGAGGCGGGGAACAUUGAGUCUAAGUGGGCCAUGUUCCGUGCCUCUAUUGUUGAGGCAGCUGAUAGGAGCUGUGACCGUAAGGUGGUCGGUGCCUGUCAUGGCGGUAACCCCCGAACCCGCUGGUGGACACCAGCAGUGAGGGAUGUCAUCAAGCUGAAGAAGGAGUCUUAUCGGGCCUUUUUGGCCUGUGGGACUCCAGAGGCAGCUGACAGGUACUGGCAGGCCAAGCAGUUUGUGGCUUCAGAGGUUGCUAAGGCAAUAACUCGGACGUGGGAGGAGUUGGGAAAGGCAAUGGAGAAAGACUUCUGUAUGGUUCUGGUCCACCAUCAAGCGUCUCAGGAGGGGGAAGCAUCUCCAGGUUUUCAUGAGGAUCUUGCUUUUAAUGGAUGUUCAGACUCUGAUGGAGAGUCCAUGUACGGUCUGGAUGGUGAGGAGCUCUGGUACGCUGAUUUUAAGAAAGGAGAAGGAGUCACUCCUCAGCCAGACUUUGUGGUUCAUACUGGAUACCGAGAUGGUACUUAUCAACAAGCUGUGGCCAAUCUAGAUGUCUGCAAACAGAGCCUGAAAGUUACCCGUGAAGCCCUCAAAGACCAGAAACUGAAGAGAGAUCCUCCAAACACUCCUGUGGUCUACCCCAAAGACGAGGUGGAGCUGGGUCAGAAGAACUCUCUGGUGUGUCAUGUGACCGGGUUCUUCCCCGCUCCUGUGACCAUCAGCUGGAAGAAGAACGGGAAGACCGUGACCCAGGGAACCACCACCAACGCUCCUGUCUUCAACAAUGAGGAAACCUUCUCCCAGUUCUCCAAACUGGAGUUCACCCCUCAGCAGGGAGACAUCUACAGCUGCUCUGUGGAUCACAUGACCCUGGACCAACCACGGACCAGGAUUUGGGAGGUGAAGCAGACUGGUCCAGGUGUGGGUCCUACUGUGAUCUGUUGUCUUGGUCUGACUGUCGGCCUCCUCGGUGUUGCUGUUGGAACCUUCUUCCUCAUCAAAGGGUACGAGUGCAGCUGAUUGGCUGAAGAUGAUUAUCAUUUUUCUGUC